AUGUCCUCCUCCGAGCAGCACAUCGAGGUUGAUGCUGGGUUCGAAACGGAUUCUGCCGUCGGAAGCAUCGAGGACCAGCUCUCCGCCUAUUCGCAAUCGCUCACAUCCAGUGUCACGGCCUACCCAAUCGAAAACGGUCGCCGGUACCACGCCUACAAGGAUGGCGCCUACUUCAUGCCGAAUGACGAGAACGAGCAAGACCGACUCGACCUCCUCCACCACAUGGUAAUGCUGGUCACGGGCAAGCAACACUUCUUCGCGCCUAUCAAAGAACAAGAAUUGAAGCGCGUUUUGGACGUCGGCACGGGAACAGGCAUCUGGGCUAUCGAGGUUGCGGACAAGUAUCCGGAUGCGCAGGUGCUCGGGAAUGAUCUUUCUCCCGUGCAGCCGAACUGGGUGCCACCGAACGUAAAGUUUGAAGUCGACGAUGCCGAAGCGCCCUGGACUCACGCUACGCCCUUCGAUCUUAUAUUCGCUCGGCAGCUGGACGGCUCCAUUUCUGAUUGGCCGGCGCUCAUCGGGAACAUGUUUAAGUGCACUAGGCCGGGAGGCUGGACCGAACUUCAUCUCUUCGACACACAUUACAGAUCCGAUGACGGUUCGCUGAAGCCCAAUGCCCACAUCAACCAGUUCCUCGCCACUUUGGAGGAGGGCUGCAAGAAGCUCGGCAAAGAGCUUUAUCCAGGACCGCUGGCAGAGGGAUGGCUGAAAGAUGCAGGCUUCGUCAAUGUACAUUCACGAAUGUACAAAAUACCGUUAGGCCCUUGGCCCAAAGAUCCAAAGAUGAAAGAGAUUGGCCUUGUGAACCUGAUGCAGUACCUCGAUGGAUUGGAGGCAUUUUCUUUCCGCAUGUUCACCAACGUCCUCGGGUGGCAGCUCGAAGAGGUAAAGGUCAUCAACGCGAAGGUGCGGGAAGAGCUGAAGAGCAAGUCCAUUCACCCUUACUACACGUUCUUCGUUACGUAUGGUCAGAAGCCAGAGUGA